AUGACUCCCCCUUUGGUUGCGCCCUCGCUCAGCGAAUCUGACGAGGAUGAGUUUUUCCUUCCGGACGCGGAGAUCUGCGAGAUCGACAACAUUUCCGAGCCAGCAAGCCUCUUUGGCGAAGAUCUCGAACUGGCCAGGAGAAUCCUCAACAUCUACGAUGACCCACAGCUACCAGAUGUAUCUACAUCCGACAUCGUUGGUUUUCCAUCCGACACACCAAGUUUCGAGAUAUCCACGCCAAAACAUCAAGAAAUAGAUCUAGAGGUUCCGCUCUUCCCUAAAUCAGACGAUGAGAUGACCCACAGCCAAGAGGAACAGGCUUUCCGUGUGUUGGUCGAGAGCGUUCCGGACUUCAAUGUCGAAAAGGAAGUGGUUAAACAAGCGGGGACAGCGAUAGAUGAGACCGAAUCUAUUUUCGACGAAGAAUUCAGUAUCCUCAUGAAAGACAAAGUAGACGGUAUGGCAAGAAGGCUAGAGCAGGAGCAGAUCGAGACUGUCGAUGCCAUUGCCCGAAUGCAACCUCCGGUCCUUGAUUUCAGCACGCCCCCAGCAGAGUGGCAGGGGAAAUCGCAAAAUCCGUCAGCGAUGCUCUCAUGGAUCCGCCGCAAUCACAAAUACCAAUUUCGGUCUUCUCAGUGGCCGAAGAACCCACAAGAGCAGAGAGACCUCAGAUGGGUCCCGUUUCCGGUAUCACUGGCCAAGGCGGUUGAUGUAAAGGAGUCAGUCGGAGACAGCUGCGUGUUGGAACAAUUAUUUGGGACUCGCCUGCCAGGGCCGUUGCCAACCAGUGCCGACUAUGUGCACCCAUGUUGUUCUCUCAAGAUCCUCAGCCCAGAAGACGAAGAAGAGCUACCAGUUCCUUGCGAAGAUGAACUACAAGAACUCGGUCUUGCACGCUCCGAAGAUGGCAUCAUGGACUUGAUCAGAAAGUAUAGAGUAGCGCAAUCUGCCAAGGAAAGGCCACUAGAAACUACAUCUUCCACGAUAGGUUUCAGAUCCCCGCAGACGGCCAACCACGGAACUGCGACGCACUUCCUGGGAGGGGGCUUGCUACUCGAUGAAAAAGAAACCGACCCAGCUGGGAAGCUGUUAGCCAGCUACAUGGACCUGCGUGGAGCAAAGAGACAGAAAACUUCGACAGGCUCCUCUAUUCCAGCACCGACAACGAGCACCGCGGGCGUGUCUAACCCGCCCGUGUUGAAGAGGGCCACGCAGAACGCAUCCAAACCACGAACCCCUCAACCGGAGAGACAAGCCCCCUACGCCGAAGCCCCAUGCCCGCCUAUCGACGUGCCGAAAGAAGCUCUACGCAUCGUCAUCUCGGUCAGCCUCCCUCGAUGCGUCAUCUCGGCGCUCCAGGUCACGUUCCCAGCCAUUGACCUGAUAGACCGCGACUUCGCAAGGCAAAACACGUGGUUCCGGUCUCCGGGGAGCACGAAACCCACAGAGGUUCAGUCCCAGCUCUCCUACGAGGCCGACAUCAUCCCCUCCCCGUCCACGGGCAUUGUGAUCACCACGAUUCUCAAAGUGCGACAGAAGCCGCUACCGGGAUCAAAGGAAAAGCUCUCUCAAGUCCGCCAGCGGUUGGCGCGAGUUGCCCCUCUCUACGAGCGAGUCGUGGUCCUCGUCUCGGAAGGAAACCCUGCGGGGGAGCAGGUCGAGCCGCUCAACGCCGCUGACGCCGAGGCAUAUACCUCAUUUGUCGCUUUCGGCUUUUCUCUUGGCAGGAGCAGCGGCUGCAGCGUCCGAGUUAUGUACGUGGCCGGUGGGAGCCAGACGCUGGCCCGCUGGGCUUGCGCCCUCGUCGCAAUGCACGCCAGGGAAGCCGCCCCCGACGUGCAGCAGAUCCUCAUGACCGAGGAGACGGAGUGGGAGGUGUUCCUCCGACGGGCGGGGUUCAACAUGUACGCCGCCCAAGUUGCGCUAGCGGUCGUCAAGGGCACGUACCCGGACGAUGAAGGAGACAGCACGCUCGUACGGCUCCUGGGUAUGAGCUCCACGGAGAGAGCGAGCCUGCUGCGGGGUUUCCUUGGGGUUGAAGGUGGUGAUGGCGGCCGGAAUCUGGUCAACAGAGUCAGUGCACGUUUGGGAUGA